AUGGAAGAAACCACCGACUACACCUUGGAUCUGCUGGAUCCAGAUUCACAGUAUGAGGACUUUAUGCUCAACAUGACGAUUGCCAACAGCACCUUUGCUCCCAUAAUUCCACCUGUGAUAAACAAAACCAUCAACCUGCUGUUGAUUAUCGUCUUAACCAUCACUAUGGUCUCUAUGGGAUGCACCAUGGAGGUGUCAAAAAUCAAGGUGACCUCAGAUGAUAUGUAUGUGUUUGAAACACAUUUCCUGUGCGGACUAUAUAACUAAUGAAAACAGUCCUUUACAUGAGUAAAACCCAAAUCUUUCCCUCUUUCCCAGAGUCACAUACUGAAACCAAAGGGGGUGGCAAUAGCAGUGAUGGCCCAGUAUGGCGUCAUGCCUCUGACAGCAUUUAGCCUGGCGAAGGUUGGUGUACUGUACUGUUCUGAUAUGAACAAUAAGACUGUCACAUAGACACUACAAAUCACUGGGCUAAAGUUUGCUCUGUUUAUUUCACAUCAUGUUGUUUGAUCAUUUUCCACCCAGACAUAUUUGCUGUACUUCACGUCUAAAGACAAACACCAGGUUAAACUCAAACUGCUGCUAAACCUGACACUUGAAUGACCCACAGGUGAUUGAUUUUCUAACUAUGGGAUUUAAACUGUGCAGGGAGCAAAUGAGGACCUGCUGUCAGAGUCUACCUAAUUAUAUUUCUAUUAAUGAUAAACAGUAUGUAAUAGAUCUUGUAGAAAUAAUUAGUCAUACAUUGUUAAAUGAAACGCUCUUGAGCUCAUGUUUUUCGUUCCAAGGUUUCAUCCUGCCUUCUUAAACAGUCCCUCAUCUGUGGUAUGUAGAGAGUAAAAAUAGUUUCUUCUUCACUGCCAUAAAUUGUGCUGUCUGAUACCUACCCCCUUGCAGCAGUUAUAGCCAUUUGAAAGAACAGCAAAUAAACUGUCAGUGGUUCUUUUUUGAUUUGUUUUAUUUUUUACAAACAGUAAAAAACUCCUUACUGGAGCUUUAAAAAUUGAAACAGAUUUUAAGCUAAGGGGAAAAAAUGAUACAUUACAUUAUAGGUUAUAUUCAAGCAGAUGUAUGCGUACAGAGAGGACCUGCAGAUGAAUUUUGUGGUUCUCUUCAGUCACCUGACACCAAAUCAUUCACUUUGCUUUUUUCUGCAUAUUUUACUCACUCUCCAAAAGUCCACAUCAGAUCUGUUAAACAUUAUCAUCAGUGACAGACAGUGGUAGAAGCUCUAAAUGAUUGUCAUGCUGCAGGCGUUCCAGCUGGCUGAAAUCCCGGCUGUGGUUGUCCUGAUCUGUGGCUGCUGUCCUGGAGGAACCGUCUCCAACAUCUUAGCCCUCGCUCUGCGGGGGGACAUGAACCUCAGGUGAACUCUCACACGGACACACUCAUGUAACCACACAGACUGUUGUUACUCAUUACCUUGAAUAAAAAUCUAAAUUCAGGACUUGUAAAAUUUUGUGUGUUUAGACAUUUAUUCACAGUUGUUUUUCAUUCCUUGUGUUUCUUCCUUUUAGAAUUUAAAAUGAAAUCAGGGCUAUAAAGCUCCUGUGAGGACUUUUUCCACAUUUAGGAAAUAGACUGAAAUUCACACUGAUGCCUUUUUAUGAUAAACAAAUGCAAACAAGACCACCAGGAACAAGGUUAACACUGUUUAUAUUGUUAUUUUUGUUGCUUGAAAUUGGUGUGAGAGGGUGGGUGUCAGCUGGACAGCUGAAACUAAUACCCCAUGUUAAAUUUUCCUCAUGCCACCAACCAGGGCUUCUCAUAGGAGCUUUAAGUUUUGCAUUGUUACGCAGUUCAGGGUGUGGCCAGCAUAUCCAUAGUGAUCAUUUUGCCAAACUGCAGUCAACAAAAUAACAGGUAGCUUUACAUGGGCUACAACAAGUUCUAUAAGCUGUCUACAGCUUUUUGUUUUCCACCAUUAAACCCUCCCCUGACAUUUCCAGAAGCUGUUAGUCACAUGUAUCUCCAAAGUGCAGCUUUGUUUUCAUUCAUGGUAAAUUCACACCAGUUGCAUAAUUCAGUAGAAAUCUUCUCAAUUGUUGUGAAAUUUUCUGACUUUAACCUGCAGCAGCCUUACAUUAAUGUAUAUCUGCAAAAAAAAAAAAAAACUGGUUAAAUCCUGGAUAAGAAUGUGUUCACCCGUGCAGAAUUUUGUGCAUGUGUGAGCACAGAUAAUGUUUUGUUCACAGCGUUGACCUUCCACUUGAAAUUAAGACUGCUGACUAAUCACCUUUGCAUUUAUAUGCUAAACAGUUCAAGUAAGAAACAAAGAGCUUAAACAAUCUUAUUCUGUGCAGCAGUGAAAAAUGUGACGAAUGUGAACCGAGCAUAUAUGACUCACUCUGCUGCUUCAGCACAUGUGCUAUGACUUUUUUAUGUGUCUGCAGCUGAUGAUGUAAGACAAUCAGAGAACAUCUUUCUACUUGAUAAGCAACAGCACAUUUCCUUUCAAGUGUGUAAAGACCUGCAGAGUUUCACCAAGACAGCUCAUAAAAGUACUAUAAAAAGCUUAACUUUUUACUAUUUAGCCUUUCAUCCCAUUAAACAUUGUGUUCCCUAUCAGCUGUGGAUGCCAGUAUCACGUUGUGUGAGCCUUGGUGGAGCCAGUUUUUGGUGACAGCUAGUCAGUCGGUAUCUAAAGGUGUUCCCAUUUGAUGAAGGGCUCCUAGAUCUUUAAAACAAAACACAUACCCCAGUCUAGAUACAUGUGAUUUGUCUCUUCCAUCUUGAGCCACUCAUGAUCCUGGCAGAAUAAGUAAUAUCUUGUCUGUUUGUUUUUUAUCCCCUCAGCAUAGUGAUGACUUCCUGCUCCACCCUGCUGGCUCUGGGCAUGAUGCCUCUGCUGCUCUUCAUCUACUGCCAAGGUUUUGCUAACCUGCAGGACUUUGUGCCUUACGUGGACAUCAUUAAAUCCCUGGGCCUGAUCCUCAUCCCAUGCGGCGUUGGCAUCCUCCUCAACUACUACAGGCCGCAGUACUCCAAGAUCAUCACAAGGGUGAGUGUGUGUAUACAGGAUCAGGAGGUGACAUAACAUGCUGAGUAAAAUGAAUGGACAUAAAUGGGAAACAUCUAUAUUGAGUCAGAUAUGAAGCCAAAACAGCAGAUGAAGGUGGUCUCUUUACUUUGUUUGUUGUUUUCAGGCAGGCAUCAUAUUACUGUUCAUAGCCAUUGUGGUGGUCUGCACCCUGGUCACCGUUGGAAUCGGAGGCUCCAUGCUGAACGUGCUGGCUCCUCGCCUCAUGGCCGUCGGUAUCAUCAUGCCCCUCAUAGGAUACUCCUUCGGCUACAUCAUCUCCUCGCUCUUCAAGCUUACACACAAGUAAGUCCAACACACAGUUGUUAUGUUUGAGUCCAGCUCUGUGGGGGUGUAUUGUAAACCAUGAUGGCUUCAGGACCUCAGAUUGAGUCUGCUCCUCUUCAGGGAGCGGAGGACAGUGGCCAUGGAAACAGGCUGUCAGAACGUCCAGCUGUGCACCACCAUCCUGAAGCUGGCUUUUCCCAUGGAGCUGAUGGGUCCUCUGUUUCUGUUCCCCUUCGUCUAUGGAUGUCUGCAGAUGAUAGAAGCCGCUGUGCUAAUCGUGAUCUUCAGGACCCAUGAAUACUUCACACGUGAAAAGAAAGGUAAGACUUUAUCAACAUGUAACUAGGCUGUUUGUUUCCAUGUGUUUUUCCUAAAAAUCAAUCUGUCUGAUGUACAGAGAAAUACAUGCAGACCCAGACAGAGGAGAAGUCUCCAUCAGGGCCUGUGUGACCAACAAAUGAAGCUCUUUUUUCUAUUCCCACUUUGAACUGUUGCUGACCAAAGGCCGCGCCUCUCUGAAGAGGUUCACGGACUACUUGAAACAAAUGAAAUUUUUAAAGACAUGACAAAACCCAAAGUGAUCGAGUUGAAAUUGGUUUUUAUUGUUUACUUCCAUAGUCUUCCUACACCAUACAAAUGUCUGUUGUGUUUUUCACUGAAAAUAAAAUCCUUAUGUACAAAAAUGUCCAAAACGUUUGUCUGCUCGUUCAUUGAAACCACAGUAACAUCAGUAACAGCACCGACGGGUAUACUUGGAAUUACAGAACACACUCAUGUAAAACUAAAGUCUGCAGUGCUGUACACAAAACCCUUAAACAUAACAAAAGAACAUUACAAUGCCAGAAUAUACUGCAUCCUAUAAAGUCUCCACCUUAUCCCAAAUAGAGAAUUUCUAACAUCUCUUUUCAAAAUAAAAGCUCAACCAUGAACUGCAAGAAAAUGUUAGGUUCAUGAAAUUUACAGAUUGACUGUGUAGCUGUUCAACCGCAGUAAGAAUGUGCAUUAUUGUACAGUGCCCUUUACACGGAAGCUGCCAAUGCCAGUUAUAAUGGUGGCUUGAAAUUGAUCUGUAAGCACUAAUAAGAUAUUCCUAACAAGAUUAAGAGUCUAAAUUUACUUCAAAGUAAAGCACAUGCAAGCAUCGAAAGGUAUAGAUAUGACGAACACUGGCUGUGGUAGGUCGAAAGAAUACCAGAAAAGAGGUUCAAGGUUUUGGGAAAAGACAUGAGAACAGAUAUAAUAAUCAUUAAAAA